ACUUGCUGGGCAAGAGGCAGCAACGCGCAACAAGGACACGCAGCUCACGAAACACAAACGAAACACGUGGGUGCGCGGUUGGUGUUGCGGUGUGUUGGUGUUGGUGUUGCUGUUGUUGUGGGACGUGCACACUCUCAAAUCAAUCAACAAGCGAGCAAGCGAGCGAGCAAGCAAACAAGCGCACAGAGAGUCAUAGAAGGGAGUGAAACUGGCGAAGCUAGCAACAGCGACGACGACAGCGCGCCACUCGCACCUGCAGCGAACAACAACAACAACAUGGUUGCUGCAACCGCGGACGAGCGGAAGAGGCAGCCGCGACAGCCGCGCCAACGGGCUGUCAGCCUGAACGAUGCAACGGCAACGGCCUUUGUGUCCCAGGGACCCUACCGCUUCAAAAUCCACAACACAAACUUUGAGGAUGAUGGCUCGCAGUCUUGGUUCUGGCGCCCCCAUGUUGUGACGGUGCUGACGCUGGUCGUGUGUGCUGUCGUCUACAUGGCUCUCUUCCUCGAUGACGAGGACUCGUCCAUCAAUGCACAGCGUGGUGUUGCUGUUGCUUGUGGCGUCUUUCUGGUGCAGGCUGCCAUGCAGUUCAACGAUGGCCCGUUCAUCCGCCCGCAUCCUGUUGUGUGGCGGCUGGUGUUGGGCGCAUCUGUCCUCUAUGAGAUGGGGCUCCUCUUCAUCCUCUUCCAGAAACCAGAGGACGGCCGCCGGGCGCUCAAGUUCCUCGACCCAAAUCUCGGCCAGAAGUUGCCUGAGCAGACGUAUGCUGACGACUGUCGUAUUUAUGUUCCGGACCAUCCAUCCGGAAACCCUUACGCAAACUUUCUCCAAAAGAUGGAUCGUUUUGUGAUUGCGCACGCAUUGGGGUGGGUUGUCAAGGCACUCGCCUUCAGGAACCUCAAGAUUCUCCUGGUGUGCAGUUUUGCAUUUGAGCUGUUUGAGUACAUGCUUGAGUUUCAGCUGCCAAACUUUGGCGAGUGCUGGUGGGACCACUGGGUGCUGGACUUUAUCGUGUGCAACGGGGGCGGGAUUGCGGUUGGGCUGCUGCUCUGCCGCUAUCUCGAGAUGAAGGAGUACCGCUGGCGCGGCAUCAACAAGAUCCCGACUGCAAGGGGCAAGCUGAUGCGCGCAAUUGCGCAGUUUUCGCCGUACGCAUGGACGAAUUUCCAGUGGGGCCCGUACCGCGACCUCAAGCACUGGCUCGUCACGCUCUUUGCAAUCUGGAUGAUGCUCUGUUCGGAUCUCAACGCGUUUUAUCUCAAGUCCACGCUCUGGAUCCCUGCUGACCACAGCUUCAACGUGUACCGGCUGCUGUUCGCGGGGUGCGCCGCCCCCGUUGCCGUCGCAGAACUCAACGCGUACAUCACAGACCCGACGUGCAAGAAGAUGGGCCAGCAGGUCUCGAUGGUCGGGCUCAUCCUCAUCACCGAAGAUCUCAUCGCAUACAAGUAUUGGGACGACAUCCCACCGCUGACGGCGGCUGAUCCCGCGUGGUUGAUGACGGCGGGCGUGGUGGCCUUUGUUCUCGUCGCAAUCACCAUCCAUUACGCAAUCAAAGAACUCUUCUGCCCAAACAAACAAAGGGCACACGCCCUCGACAUUGCACUCCAGCCAAAGAAGCUGCAGUGACGUGCAGCAAGGACCACCAACACCAACGCAACUCGCCUCCACGACGCGAUGGCACCAACACUCCAAUAUGGCCAUUGUGUUACAAGUGCAUGUGUACUUAUAGCGUGUAGUGAUAGAUAGCCGUUUCAUUGUGCUGUUUCAGAACACUUAUUAAACAGAACCAAACUG